CGGGAAGCCCGAGGGGAGCGAAGUCUCGCGAGAUCGCGCGCGGCGGCGGUAGCGGCGGCGGCGGCAGCAGCGGCAGCGGCCGGGGAGGUUCACAAUAAAGGUGCUAAUAAAGAGAAUGUAAGACAAGAAUAUAAUUAAAUAUUUGACUGAGAUGCCAUUUUCCAUUUUCCUUCUACAGAAGCAUCAUCCUGAAGCAUCAGUCCCUUGUAUGGCUUUCUACUUACAUUAUAUGCAUGUAUAUUUAUAAGAGAACAAGAGUGAUGUCACGAUGCUCCAAAUUCUCUUCAACAGACCACAUUUAAGAGGUGUCUCGGACUCCCCGUUGCCAGUGGCUGGAACACAAUGGAUCACACAGGGGCACUAGACACUGAGGAUGAAUUGGGACCUUUAGCCCAUCUUGCUCCAAGUCCUCAAAGUGAAGCUGUUGCCCACGAAUUCCAGGAACUCUCCUUGCAGUCCAGUCAGUACUUACCCCCUCUGAACGAGCGGAAGAAUGUGCUUCAGCUGAGGCUGCAACAGAGGCGGACGCGGGAACAGCUCGUGGACCAGGGCAUCAUGCCACCCUUGAAGAGCCCAGCAGCAUUCCAUGAGCAGAUAAAAAGCUUGGAACGAGCCAGAACUGAAAACUUUUUGAAGCACAAGAUUCGAAGUCGACCAGAUCGUUCUGAACUUGUCAGGAUGCACAUUUUAGAAGAAACAUUUGCAGAGCCAUCCCUGCAGGCCACUCAGAUGAAGUUGAAAAGAGCUCGCCUAGCUGAUGAUCUGAAUGAAAAGAUUGCUCAGAGACCUGGUCCUAUGGAGCUGGUGGAGAAAAACAUCCUGCCUGUGGACUCCAGUGUUAAGGAAGCAAUCAUAGGCGUUGGGAAGGAAGGCUAUCCCCAAACUCAGGGAGAUUUCUCAUUUGACGAAGACAGUAGUGAUGCUUUGUCUCCAGACCAGCCCGCCAGCCAGGAGUCGCAGGGCUCGGCCGCAUCCCCAAGUGAGCCAAGAGUUAGUGAGUCACCGUCUCCUGUGACUGCAAACACUCCAGCCCAGUUUACUACAGUGUCUCCAGCAGUUCCUGAAUUCUUGAAAACUCCUGCUACUACGGAUCAGCCCCCCACAAGGUCCACAGCUCCUGUGCUCCCCUCAAACACUGUGUCCUCAGCAAAGCCUGGGCCAACACUGGUAAAGCAAAGCCACCCCAAGAAUUCAAAUGACAAGCACCGUAGCAAAAAAUGCAAAGACCCCAAACCACGGGUAAAGAAGUUGAAGUACCACCAGUACAUUCCACCAGACCAGAAAGGUGAGAAGAACGAGCCGCAGCUGGAUUCCAACUACGCCCGCCUGCUCCAGCAGCAGCAGCUGUUCCUGCAACUACAGAUCCUGAGCCAGCAGCAGCAGCACUACAACUACCAGACCAUCCUGCCUGCGCCACUCAAGCCCCUCAAUGACAAAAAUAACAACAGUGGCAAUUCAGCUUUGAACAAUACCACACCUAACACACCAAGACAGAAUGCAUCUGCUCCUGUGAGGAAGCCAGGACCUCUGCCUCCCAGCUUGGAUGACUUAAAGGUAUCAGAACUGAAAACAGAACUGAAGCUAAGAGGUCUUCCAGUGUCAGGCACCAAACCAAACCUUAUCGAACGCCUGAAACCCUACCAGGAGAUGAACAGCAACGGCACUGCUGCUGACGGCAUCGUGGCAGCGUCGACAUCUGCCGUCGUCACCGGUAGCCCAGAAGUCACCAUGGCGGUGCCAGUCACCACCCUGCAUAACUGUGUGACGAGCUCGGGCUCCCCUCUCAAGGCAGAACUGCCACCUGCUGGAACCAGCAACGUGAUCCAUGUGGAAAAUGUUAAUUCGCCUCUGCCAAUCUCACCGUCUCCCUCCGAACAGUCCAGUCUCAGCACUGAGGACACAAACAUGGCCGACACUUUCACCGAGAUUAUGACCAUGAUGUCUCCAUCCCAGUUCUUGUGUUCAUCUCCUUUGAGAGUGACCAGUAACGAAGACAGCCUGAGUCCCACCAGUAGCACUCUGUCCACUCUGGAACUGGACGCAGCUGAGAAGGAUCGCAAGCUUCAGGAGAAAGAGAAGCAGAUCGAAGAGCUAAAGAGGAAACUGGAACAAGAGCAAAAGCUCGUGGAAGUUCUGAAAAUGCAACUGGAGGUUGAAAAACGAGGGCAGCAGCAGCAGCGGCGGCCACUGGACCCCCAGCCCAGCGCCCCUGCUCAUUCUGUCAGCCAGUCAGAGCAGAAACAGGCCAGUGUGGGCUCCUCCGUCAAAGACGAGACCUCACUCACGGACUGCUCCAGCCCCAGGCCGCCUGUCCCGGGAGCCAGCCAUUCUGUGGGGCAGCCUGUCUCUGCGGGUGGCCAGACCCUUGUCGCCAAAAAGGCUGUAGUGAUCAAGCAAGAGGUCCCUGUGGCCCAGGCAGAGCAGCCGAGCGUGGUCCCACAGUUUUACGUGAGCUCCCAGGGACAGCCGCCGCCUGCUGUUGUCGCUCAGCCGCAGGCUUUGCUGACCACGCAAACUGCUCAGCUGCUGCUGCCAGUGUCCAUCCAGGGCUCCAGUGUCACCUCCGUGCAGCUCCCCGUGGGCAGCCUCAAACUCCAGACUCCACCACAAGCAGGAGUCCAGACUCAGCCUCAGAUAGCAACCACCACCUUGUCCUCGGGCUUGGCACAGACUGGGCCUCAGCAACCAGGCACGUUCGCACCGCACGUGCUCAGUCAGCCGCAAGUCAGAAAGGUUUUCACAAGCUCGGCAUCCAAUACAGUUCUUUCAUAUCAGAGACCACCCGCUCCAGCGGUCCAGCAGCCCUUUGUUAACAAGACGCCCAGCAGCGUUCUCCAGUCCAGAAGUGCGCCCCUUCCAUCCCUGCAAAACGGACCGAGCCCUCCCAGCAAGCCGAGCUCACCCCCGCCACCCCAGCAGUUUGUCGUCCAGCACUCUCUGUUUGGGAGCCCAGUCCCCAAGACGAAAGACCCUCCCCGCUACGAGGAGGCCAUCAAACAGACACGCAGUACCCAGUCCUCUCUUCCAGAGGUUUCCAAUGCACACAGUCAGCAGAUGGACGACCUCUUUGAUAUCCUCAUUAAGAGUGGAGAAAUUUCCCUCCCUAUAAAGGAAGAGCCUUCUCCUAUUUCCAAAAUGAGACCAGUGACAGCCAGCAUCACCACAAUGCCAGUCAACACAGUGGUGUCCCGGCCACCACCCCAGGUCCAAAUGGCACCGCCCAUAUCCUUAGAACCUCUGAGCAGUUUAUCUGCCAGCUUAGAGAACCAACUGGAAGCUUUCUUGGAUGGGACUUUACCUUCAGCCAAUGAAAUUACCCCACUACCAAGCAGCAGCGAGGACCGAGAGCCCUUCUCCCUGAUCGAGGACCUCCAGAACGACCUGCUGAGCCACUCGGGCAUGCUGGACCCCUCACACUCGCCCAUGGAGACCUCCGAGGCCCAGUUCGCCGCGAGUACUCCCUGUCUGUCACUUGACCUCUCUGACUCAAACCUGGACAACAUGGAGUGGUUGGACAUCACCAUGCCUAACACGUCGUCGGGACUCACUCCCCUCAGCGCCACUGCCCCAAGCAUGUUCUCUGCUGACUUUCUAGACCCCCAAGACCUGCCGUUGCCAUGGGACUAACAUCACAGAUUUCUCGUCCGCGUUCACGAGGUUUAAGAAGACGAUUCUAAAAGGUCAGUUUUUAGAGACAGAUCUAUAGUUGCAUCAUUGCAAUGAAAACAUGUUGUCACAGAAAAUAACGAAUAGAUGGUCACAGCCUGGAAACCAAGUUUGAGAACGUUUCAUUGCACCCAGCAGUGAAUGUCUGCCGUUUAAUAUAGCACAGGGCCUUCUGAAAAAUCACUAGUCAAAGAAGACCUCUGUUUCUCCAGACUUCAGUAAAGAAUGAAAAGCACCUUUAGAUAAAAACAUAGAGUAAUGUGUGCAGGAUAACGACAUGCAGAUUCUCUGGUAAUCAACUACAUUUAAACCUCUGUGGUCACUUUCAGGCCCUAAAUACAAGGCAGACAGCUCCACUCAAACAAGAAUGCUGAUGUGAGGGAGGUGAGGGAUCACCGCACCUGUAUUUCUAGCGCGGCCUGAGCCGGCCCAAGACGUAGCAGGGAUCAAGGGCAGCGGAGAGCACCAGCCAGUCGGCGAAGGCUUCCAGCUGAAGACUUUUGGUUCCAUUCAGAAACCAAUGUAAUAUUUUUGUGUUGUAGUUUAUUUUGUGAUUUUUGGAAUCUUACUUUAGAUUUCCAAAUGUAAAUGAAAGUUCUUUCACUAUAACCAGACAAUGUCUUCAAAACACUUCAUAAACAAUCCCCUGUAAAAAGUCUGGGUCUAUUGGUAACACUGAAAAUUCUGCUGGCAAUCCUCUGGGUUGAUUAGAUUGACUUAAUGUGUAAAUUAGACAUAUAUUUGUGCUAUGUUAGGAUUUGUACAGCCUACAUGGGGAUACAGAAUUGGGUAUCCAGUGGCCCUACUUCUUUUAAUAAGUCACAUAUUUCUAGAGUACUUGAGACACAUGUAUUUCUGUAUUUUAAGAAAUAACUUUCAGGUAACCAGACCCAUCUCAAAGAACCAAGAAAAGGCUUUAGUGUAAAAUAUCUUUCUGAGCUGGUGAGUUGCAAAGCGAAGGCAAGGGAGGAGUCUGUCGUGCCCGGACAUUCCCACACCGGUUACAGGUGAGCCUGUCGCCGAGUUGGCCUCUGGACUCCUGCUCUGGCUGCCUCUUCUACCGCUCAUCCUGUCAUUGCUUUACAGUUUUGGAACUGGAUGUCAUACCUGAGCUCUCACUAUAUUUUCAAGCCGAAGAUUGAAAAACUGGAGGUUUUAUUCAUUUUUUAUAUAGACAAAAAGUUAUCACAUUUGUUGAGUAGUUUCUUAAGAUUUUUCUAAAAUGCCAACUAUCACAGGAUUUCUAAAAUGAUUUCGAAAUAGUCAUUUAAGUAUAUGACAAAAUGUAUAAAACUGAAAAAAAAACCCUGAAAUCUACCAAAAAGUGUGGAGGUUUUCAUUAAAUAAUACUCUCGUGCUCUCCACCUCACCUGUGUGAGCCCUGGGGUCAAGUUGCUCUCUGGGCAUUGGUGACUGUUCCCACGGUGACAUGUAGAGGCAACCUGACCCAUUAUUUGGAAAGAAUUUGUGAAUCAUUUCUGGGUUUGUGUUUUGCCUAAAAGCUGAUCUUAUUUCAAAUUUUUAUUUCAGUUUGUAAAUUUCACUACAUGUAAGAAAAGUCCGUUUUUCCAGAACUCAGUCGCCCAGGACCCUGGAGCCCUCUGUUAACUGGCCCUUCCCAGCCUGAAGUGCGUCUGAAUGGUUCCGGGCAGAGGCGGUAUGCUCAGUGUAGUCUGCGGUGAGUAGUUUGUUAGAAAUUGGUCAUCCCACGUGUGGGAUCCAGCAUGCUGCUGUCUGACCAAACCCAGCAGGAGUGUCACCGUCACCAUCGUGGGCACAACGUGCAUCUUCGAGUCAUGAAGGGCCUGUCUCCGGGGCAGGGCUGUGGACUCAGAAAGGUACUUUCUUUGGGCAAGUCUUUGAGAUGGGUUUUUGUCUGGAGCUUAUCUGGUCCAUACUUGGACUCUAAGCAUCAUCUUUAUUCAGAUUUAAAUGGCUUAUUAGCACCAGACAUCAGCGGGACUGUAGGAGGCAACUGAACAGCUAGUGCUGCUGACUCGCUGAAGAACUUUGUGUUUCCAUCUUCCCAAGCUGUGUGCAUAGAUCGUUUCCUAGCCCCCUGUUGAAACAUGCCGCGGAAGGCUGCUCUCCAAACACAUGCAGUGCAAAGAAUGCCGCCUCAUUAGCCUCCUCUCUUUGGACUGUAUUGCUAAUGUGCCCACUUACAUCUGUGUUCAAUUCUUCACAUACCAGCAUUUCGUUUAGGAGGAAGGAAGGCAAGGAGUCCAGUUAUUAAGUCUACCAGCCACCUACUCACACCAUUCCGCUGGGCCCUCCUGGCCUGAGCAGCAAGCUGGGCAUCUGUAGGAUCCCAGCUACAUGUUCCAGGUUAGAGGGAGGACACAGAUCGUGUGCAGCAUGUGACAUGACCAAAGAUGACACUCUAAUCAAGGCUCCUUUGCCCCAACUCAUUGUACUUAGGGGUAAACGCAGUGGGAAAGGUGUGUGUUAAAGAGGACUGUCUGUGUUGUUUGAGGUGAGGUUUAAAGCCCAGGUCAGAACAGCCGGUUGGAUUUUCGUAUGC